AUGUUGGUCACUAAUCGCGCCCCGAUCUCCAGGCAGUUCGCGGGUGCCACGCUGCUCCUGCUGUUCAUCGUGUUGGCCGGCAACUUCUACAUCUGGGCCAUCGGUAUCGAGCGCAGGGUCUCUUCGCGACCGAUGGCGGCUGGUGGUGCCUCGGUGAAGUAUGCGGACCAGCAGCAGCAAGUGGCUGCCGCGACGAGUACCCUACAGGCCGAUCCGGCAAAGGCAGCUUCUUCGCCCCCUACUUCGGCGGCAGAGUCAGUCCCAGAGGCAAAGCCAGAGUCAGUCCCAGAGUCAGUCCCAGAGGCCAAGCCAGAGUCCAACCCCGAGGCGGCCAAAUCAUCGCCCACCGAGUUCCUGCCCGCGUUCACGAUUCCUUCGCCGACCUCCAUCCCGUCCAAGUUCUGGUACAAGGCCGGCCCCAAAGGCGUCAACCAAGACUCCCAGGAGUGGAUGGACUCGUGCAUCUCGCAGAACCCGUCCUUCCGCCGCGAGAUCCUAGCCGAUGGCUCCGACGACGCGUACGUCCAGACCGUCUACGCCCACCGCCCGGACAUCGUCUCCCUCUACACUGCUCUCCCCGUCCCGAUUCUCAAAGCCGAUUUCUUGCGCUAUCUGAUCCUGUUCGCCGAAGGCGGCAUCUGGAGCGACCUCGACGUGUCGUGCAACGAGAUACCCAUCAAAGACUGGUUGCCGGAGCCGUUCCGGAAGGACGCCGCCCUGGUAGUGGGCUUGGAGUUCAGUUCCGAGGACUGGGUGUACAACGGCUAUCUGAACGCGCAGUUUGCGAGCUGGAUGAUAAUGGCGAAGCCUGGGUCGCCGCAUCUGGCCAUGGUCAUCCAAGACGUGAUGCACGACCUGCAGGAAUCGGCAGACAAGGCGAACGUGCCCAUCUCGGGUCUGCAGAUGGAUAUGAUCAGCGACGUGGUCGACGUUACCGGCCCGAAGCGGAUGACCAGGAGCGUGGUUAAGAGCAUGGAGUUGCAGAUGGGCGUGCCCAUUGAUGAUCGUAAUGUGUCCGGGUUGAGGGAGCCGAGGUUGCUGGGUGAUGUGGUGAUCCUUCCCGAUAUUGCGUUUGCGGGCAGCCAGGCGGGCUUCCCAGAGGGCCACGGACCGGCGCUGGUCCAGCAUCAUUACUCUGGGAGCUGGAAGAAUGAUCAUGGUGGCGAGCUGCUUGACGAUGAGGAGCAGAAGAAAGCCGAGGAGCAGAAGAAAGCUGAGGAGCAGAAGAAAGAUGAAGAGCAGAAGAAAGAUGGAGGCGAGUUGGCCAGGAGAUGA